CACAUGUUUUCGAUCAGAAGGAUUGGGUUAACGUAUUUGUCACGUGACCAUGCGAUACCAAUGGUUAGAUUGUAAAGGCUUACAUGUGAUUGGAUUGUGUGAGUAUGUCACGUGUCAGCCAAUGAGAGGUGAGAGCGCAGUUUGAAUGUGACCGUUCUGAGGGUGUAUGCAUUGGAUUUGGCAGGUUCAGGGUGGGAGAGUAAGAGCAAGUUCGGCUUGUUUAGUGGUGAAACGCAGUCUGCUAUGGCAAACAGAGGAAAAUUAAUGCGCCGUCAGUUUGUGUUCAGUGAUCCUACCAAUCACCGACGCCUGUCGCUGCCAAGCCUUGGGAAAUCUUCACCAAACAAGCCAAGAAUACAAACAGGCACAAAUAUAGUCUUGCAUCCCCUACAGCGAAGAGUACUGAAGGAUACAGGAAAUGUUCCCAAAGUGAGUUUUGACUCCUGUCGCCCAUCUGUUGCUAGUGCAAAGAAAAGACGGGCAAGUGACUCUGGCAACUGGAAGUCUUUCCUACCAGAGCCACAGACUUCUAAAAUAGGGGGGAUGCUGCAAUUAUCUAAUGGUUGUAUACAAACUGAAAAUAAGGAUGAUAGCUUGAAUGCCUGCAGUGAGAAUAGGCAAAACUUCAACAAGGGGUCUUUCUCUUUUCUUGAAAAAGAAAACAAAAGCAAUUUCUACACAAAAGCUGUCCAUACUGAGGGCACUGAAGACAUAAACAAAAGAGAGCACAAACCUCUUGGUGUGGAACCUGCAGCCUUAGAAAGUAUUAUACUGUCAAAUGAAACUGAGAGCUCCAACACUCCCUGUUACUUUGGGGACCUUAAUUUGCCGAUUGGAGGAGAUGAUCCUUCUGAAGCUAUCUCUUGUGAACGACACAAAUUUUUCAGCACGCCAAUGCCUUCAAAAGUGAAAACUAAGAAAAGACUUACGCCUGUCAUGGAAGUGGAUUUGGAGUGCAACCUUUCAGAAGGGCACAAAAGUCCUAGCAGUGUUUCUGAAACAAAUCUUCAAGAGAAGAAUGCAUGCAUCAAUGAUAUAGCCCUGCAAGACAGCCCCAUGCAGACUCCCUUGUACAGAAGUUUCUUUGCUGCUGAGUGCAUGGAUAUAGUCAAUCAUCUUGAGAACAGAGAAUCUGGUGGUACUAAUGGAGACCAAAGGACACCAGCUAUUAAAAGGAAGAGAGAAGAUAUGGAUGUUUCAACUAUUGAUGCCGAGCCUCUUCCCUAUGAAUGUACUGCCAUGCAGUCCAUGUUAGCCUGUGAAGUGGCCAAUAUUAUCCAUUCUAUGGAGAAUAGUCCAAACCCAGAUGGCCUCUCUUUGUUUGGAGAUAGUAUACUUGAUCUAGAUGAGAUGAACUUGCAACUCUGUGACUUUAGUAAAUUGGAUGAAGGCUAUAAGGGUAGUGGUGCUGGCCCCAUAAGCAGUCUAUGCAAAGGUAGUGAUUUGAAUAACUCUAUGGAGGGAAUUGGUAUUCUUGGGGAGGAAUUAGAUGAUUCCCAGUGCAGUAGACUGCAACAGAAAGUGAAGCAAAAAAGUGAAGGCAAGGAAGACAAUUGUAACACAACAAUAGAUCUUUAUGUGGCUGAUGAAUCGGCGAAGGACAAUGGUUCUGGGGGUUUGCAGAGCUGUAAUGAGUCCAAUAUGAAAGAACUUAAUCGGUUAAAGCAACGUCUUAUUAGUUUGUCAGAAAAAAAUGAGGUAAAUGUAGCUCAUGGAGAGACCCACACAAAGGAAAAAGACUACUCUGUAAAAACAAAUAGCUUAAACUCAGAGAGGGCACAGGAUGUAUGCAAUAUUAAGGGUGACGUUCCAGAAGGAGCUAAUAUCACACAGGUCAUUGGGUCUUCAAAAGAGCUAAACUAUGAUACCGAAGCAGAUCUUGAUGCUUUGUUUGGUCAAGACCAGGUAAUUGCAGAGAAUGUUACUCAGAUAAUUGAACAACCUGCCAAUAACACAGAAGUAUCUGAGUCUGUGCGAAAAGACACCAACACAACACAGGACAUUGGGUCACUGCACAAUGCAUUCACAACUCAGGUUACUAAUGUUGUGGCCUUUGCAAACACCACUCAAGAAAUUGGAUCACUGCAUAAUGAGAUCAUAGCUGUCAAUACCACUCAGGUAAUUGAUGCUUGCCCUGAAUACCAUGCCAUUACUCCACAGAUCAUUGGGUCAUUGCAUAAUGAGAUUGUCAACACAACUCAUGUUAUUGAAACGGAGGUCAAACUCUCUCCUAAUACCACGCAAGAUAUUUUGCCACUGAAUGACACAACUUCCAAUUCCUUUCAAGAUCUCGAAGUUUCUUCUAAACAAGUUCUUAAUGCCACACAUGUCCUUGGGUCCUUGAAUAAUGAAGUUGCAGCUGCUAACACUACUCAUAUCACAGAAGAUGGGUCUAAACCCUGUACAAGCACUACCCAAGAGAUUGAGUCACCAAAUUAUAUUAAGGUUUCAGCCAACUCUACACCAGUCACGGUGUCUCCACAAGACAAGAACCUUGAUUCAGAAUUAAAGAUGGUUUCUACUUCUGUACAGCAGGAUAUCACUACAGCCAACGCAACUCUAGAUGUUUGUUCUGCUCCAGUUCCAUUUGCACAUAAUAGUCCUGAGGUCUCUUUACAGACACAUGAAACGGGGUCUUUAUCAAAAGUUAUUACUGGGGACGUUUCAGUUAACAUUGCAGAAAAGAUGAAAGACAAAGAAUCUGUAGAAAAUUACAAGAUGGAUAUGCUCGUUUCCAAUGACAUUCCUAAGGACACAUCAUUACAGGAAGAAGUUAUACAGGGCUUAGACGUGAAAGGUGAAGUCCCUGAGAGCUGUGCCACCAAAGUAUCUGUCACCAAUAUUACAGAAUCUGAGAAAAUUCAUAUUAAGGAACAAUCAAAUGAUCAUGCAAUGGCAGACAAUACUACCCUAGUUAGCACUUUAAUACAAAAUAAACAAGAAAUUACUAGAGAUUUAGGGAAUCUGUCUGACAAAAGAUUGAAAGAAGCAGAGGAGAGCGUUAACAAAAAUGGUACCCUCACCUUAGCACAUGAAGGGGAAAAGUUAAGUCCCACAGAACUUCUUAGUGACCCAGAGCAGUCAGAACAAAGUGAUCAGAACCAAGAAGUUGAAAAUACACACAAUGAAAGUGUUUUCUCUUGUGGGUCUCUUUCCUUUAUUACUUCCACACCUCUUCCAGGUCUUCUCAAUUUCAAUUUCAUUAAAAUGUCAUCUGGGGACUCUUUGCAGCAUGAUACCAAUGUAUCCAUCUGCUCAGAGAUGGAAGAACCUUCUAACAAGUUGACGGCAGAACAAAGGUUAGUUACACAGCAGGGACCAAUGGGGUUAAGGCCUGUUGGCUAUGAAUCUCAAGUCAAACGAGGUAUCAACCGGGGUUCACUGCUUCCAUCAAAUACUCGAAGAAGCUUUUUGCCUCAAGCAGGAGGAAUAGCUAAACCACUUCAGCAAACAUCUACUAUUCCCUCUGCCCGUCGCUCUCUGGCUCUGACUCCUGCAGGGGAAGCUCCAAAACUAGCUAGAGAGCCUGCACUUUCUCGACUUCCCCCAAGAGGAAGCAGAGCUAAUAUUCGUCCUCCAAUGACCAGGAAUGGCCUUCAGAGAAACAGUGUGGGACAUGUACAACCUAAUCUAGUGGGGAAAAUGAGCAAUCGGCAGAAUGAAAACACAAGAUGCAGCUUCCAGACUCCCAGACAGGAGCCAAAUUUGGAAAGUCGAUUAUCCAGCAAACCAGUGCCACAGGUGUGUGAGGUAUAUGUAUCCUUAUUUCAAGCUCAUUCAUAA